AGUUUCCCUUCACAGGACAGCGGGCAGCGGCAGGCACCACAGCAGCAGCGGAUCUUGCCAUGGUGCGGCGCCCUCCGGAAGGAGGCGCCCCGAGCAAAAGUCCUGCUUUCCCGUGACAAGAUCCGCUACUGUUCGCACCCAAUGUUUUAGCGGGGAGGGUGCAGCAGGACAUUGAAGCGUGGCAAGCGAACCUUUCGGGCACCCCGUUCGGGCCUUGCUCCUCCACCUAGUGACGUCAGAGGUCCUUUCCCCAACUUGGUUUAGCCAUAACCAAGGACAUAUCCCCUUUAGUAAGUGCCAAAGACUUUAUGUCUCACUGUUAAAUGGCGCCCAGUAUGCUAUAAUCACAAGUACCACACAUCAAAGCGUUGAACAGCACAGCACAACACAUUAUAACAAACUCCUGUACAGUGCACAUGAAUCACACUGCAGUCAGUGAGCCCUCCCAUCCCAUCGGCACGCAGUAAGCCAGCAACCAGCAACAACCACACCACGCUAGUGCAGUCACAUGGUACAAUGAUAUCCGGGAGGGACUCAGCGAUCACAUGACUCCGAUGUCAUCGAGAUGCUGCUGGCUGGGAACCUGUGUUUUCCAGAAUCAAACAUGGCGGCUUCCACAGUUCAUCUUUCGCAUGCUGCUUUUUCUGUCAACCGAUGCCCACACUGUGUGAGCUGGGGUCGCGGGGAUGUGCUGGCGUGUGGAACCUGUCACUCCAUAGUACUGUACAGUCCUCAGAAAAAAACCGUGAUAACCACUCUGAAUGGGCAUUCAGGAAGAGUUAACUGUGUGCUGUGGAUUCAGAAACAUGAUUGCAGUGCUGAAACGGAACUCGUCUCUGGUGGAUCUGAUAAUAAGGUGAUCAUUUGGAAGACAAAGGACUAUCAGUGUGUACAUGCUGAUGUACUGGAGGGUCACACUGAGGCAGUGUGUGCAGUUCAUGCUGUGUACAUGCCAACAGACUCUGAGGAUGAUCUUCUUGUGGCCUCUGCUGCCUCAGACUGCACUGUUCGAAUAUGGUUAAGAAGCAAGUUAACAACUGAAUGUCUUCAAACCUUGUCUUUUGGAAACGGAUUUGUUCUGGAUGUCUGCUUAUCAUUUUUACCUGGCAGUCAGGUCCCCAUUUUAGCUUGCGGAGGAGAUGACAGCCAGGUUCAUUUGUAUGUAAAACAGGAUGGGCAGCUUAAGAAGACACAAGUCCUUCAUGGACAUGAGGAUUGGGUGCGAGGUGUAGAAUGGGCUAUUAAUGGAGAGGAUAUGUACUUGGCAAGCUGUGCCCAGGAUGCCCUAAUCCGUAUCUGGAAAAUCUUUGCCAAAUCUGCAGUAGAUGAUGUCAAAGUUGAUGAUGAGUAUGAAAAAAACUUUAUCAAGCUGAAGGAGAAAGUAUUUACAAUAAAGGAGGAUAAUGGCGAGUUUAUUUAUGCUGUAACCUUAGAGACAGUUUUGGCUGGCCACGAAAAUUGUGUGUAUGCUGUUCAUUGGCAGCCAUCUUUCAUGAAAGAUGGCAGCAUUGUACAGCCGAUGAGUCUGUUGUCAGCCUCAAUGGAUAAAACCAUGAUUCUAUGGGAACCAGAUGAGGAGUCUGGAGUAUGGCUAGAACAGGUCCGUGUUGGAGAAGUUGGAGGCAACACUUUAGGAUUUUAUGGCUGUCAGUUUGGCCCUGAGAAAUCUAUGAUUCUCGCACAUGCAUUUCAUGGAGCCCUGCACAUGUGGAGUCGAAAUCCAACCAGACAUGAUGAGUGGAUUCCCAUGGUUGUCAUAUCUGGGCAUUUCAACAGUGUGCAGGGUCUGAGGUGGGAUCCUGAUGGAGAAUUUAUAAUAACCGUUGGCACAGACCAAACUACCAGGCUCUUUGCUCCUUGGAAAGCAAGAAAUAAAUCACAGGUAACUUGGCAUGAAAUUGCAAGGCCACAGAUCCAUGGGUAUGACAUGCAGUGUAUAGCCAUGAUUGGAAGAUUCCAGUUUGUGUCUGGUGCUGAUGAAAAAGUUCUCAGAGUAUUUUCUGCGCCGAAGAACUUCAUUGAAAAUUUCAGUCAAAUUUCUAAUACUUCGGUGGACAAACUUCUUGUAAAUGAAGACACCAAUCUUCCUGAAGGUGCUACUGUUCCUGCUUUAGGGUUGUCGAAUAAAGCAGUCUUUCAUGAAAAUUUGAAUACAGCUGCUGUUCCAGAAAAGGAGGCCUACAACAGUGUGUCUGAUCAGUAUUCUCAUCCGUAUUUUCAGCCUCUUGUGCUGACAGAGCCCCCAACAGAAGAUCAUCUUUUGCAGAACACACUGUGGCCUGAGGUUCAAAAGUUGUAUGGGCAUGGCUAUGAAAUAUUCUCUGUAGCUUGUAACAGCUCCAGAACAGUCAUUGCUUCUGCAUGUAAGGCUUCCAAAAGAGAACAUGCAGUAAUUAUUUUGUGGAGUACUACGAGCUGGAAGCAAAUCCAGAGCUUGUCUUUUCACAACCUGACUGUUACUCAGAUGGCAUUUUCUUCUGAUGACAAAUUCCUAUUAGCAGUUUCCAGAGAUAGAAACUGGUCCCUGUGGAGGAAGCAGGAGGGAAUUCCAACGCAAUCAGCAGAACCCCAAUUCAUUUUGCAUGCUAACACAGACAAGAAUACAUCUGCCCAUAGCCGAAUCAUUUGGUCAUGUGACUGGACCCCAGACAGCAAGUUUUUUGUCACAGGAAGCAGAGACAAAAAGGUGAUUGUAUGGGGUGACUGCCAGGAGUCUGAUGCCAAGAGUGAGAACAGCUGUGCUCCUAUCAGGCCUUGCUCUACUCUUCAAGAUGCAGGAGACUCAGUCACAGCUGUCAGUGUCAGCCAGAUACUUGCUUCUCAUGGAAGUUACAUCAUUGCUGUUGGGUUAGAAUGUGGCAAAAUUCACCUAUACAAAUGGCAAUACAAUGCUAUGAUUGAUGACUGGAUAAAGAGUUAUGAGAUGGACCAAAGCCUUUGUCACACUCUGACUGUCAAGCAGCUCUGCUGGAGAAGUAAGCUGGGUCGAGCUGGUCAUGAUGAUCAGGACAAUGGAGAAUGGUUGCAGCUGGCGAGCUGUGGAGCGGAUCAUGGUGUUAAGAUAUACAAUGUUAACAGGAGCAUAUUCUCAUUAUAGAAGCUUCUUGUAUAAUGAACAUAAUUUAUAAAUGAAAUAGCACUACCAGUGUUGAUAGAACAUGGCUUCAAAGACGCUGAAUGCCAUAUUAGUUGCUGUUCAAGGUUUUGUUUGUUUUCUAUUAAAAGAAAAAAUAAAUAAUAUAUGGGACAACUUAAAUUUACAUGUCUUCACUUCAAAUUUCAGCUCAAACAUUUCUUUUUGUAUAAGUAAAACUAAUUUGAGCAUCAUUCUUUAUCCCGCUUUGUUACUCAACACCCUAUUCUAAUGUAAAUAGUUUAGGUUCGGUGAAAUCCUCCAAAAUUUCAAAUAACGUGUAACACUCAUCCUCCUGCUUAUAUAAGAAUCAUAUAGCUAUGACUUUUAACAAAAAGGGUUAAAAAAAUUACUUUUCUGUCACGGACUAGCAUAAGGAAUUAAAAAUCCAUCAAUCAUG